GUCUCCGCAGGCAGCUCCACGGGCGCGGCGGGGCGGCCCUUCCAGGUGGCCUGGAGCUUGGGGUCCGGCAGCAACGUGCAGCUCAGGGAGCAGCUGAAGGACAUCGUGAGCUCUGCCACAGGGCUGUCUCUGCAGAUCUCAGCGCCACAGUUCUAUGCCGCAGUGCAGGCGGCCAAGGAUAGCUUCUCCUCGGACCCCGUCCAGCUAGAAUUCGUGGUGAGCGUCACGAACUGGCUGGAUCAGUCCAAGCAAGCUUCGGUGUUCGUGAGCCUGGAGAGCUUCACAGAGGAGAUGCCCAUUCUGAGCCCCGCCUCGGCCACCACCGCGCGGAUUCGCAGCCGUGAUGAAGUGACGUUUGCGGUUGAGACGGGGUACGCAAAUACGUCGGUUUGUACAAAUGCAGCCUCUCAAGCCCGGCUUGUCGACAUCACCUGGGAGUACCGUACAAGCUCAACAGAAUCAUGGGCAAGCCUCUCCAGUCUUGAUCUGACCAACAUGGCCCGACAACCCAGUGCUAUCCAAUUUGCUGGCUAUUCUUUUUCGGCUGGCACCGACCACGAGUUCCGUGCCACGGCGCGAUACAGAGGCUCAAGCCCAACGGCCAAAGCGCCAGAGUACAUCUUCCGCCUGAAUGUCGACCCGGCAGCGCCGCCAGUGGCGCGCGUGGUCGGCCCCACGAGCACCAAGAGCAGUUGUGGCUUCAGCUUGGAUGCAUCGGGGUCUUACGACCUGUCUGUGCCUCCCGGAGUCGCUGCAAAUCUGGCCUACGAGUGGUCCUGCGCUGCGGACGGGGCCAACUGCUCGCUCUCGAACUUCGCCUCCAGCGCGACGGAUGGCUCCGGCUCCCGGGGCGCGCUGCUGGUGGUGGCAGGCAAUCAGCUGGUAUCAGGCUUCUACAACUUCAGCGUCCGCGUGAGCCGACCUGGAGGUACCGAAGCCGGGGUGGCCGAGUGGACGCUGGAGAUCUCCGGCUCUGACUCGGCGCUGCCGCCGGUGGCCAUCUCCGCACCCUGGGCCAGCGGCGAGGCUGUAUCAACGCAGGUGGGUGCUGCCCUGGGGCCUGUCACAGCCGCCGUGCAGACCAGUGGGGCAGGUUGCUCCGUGCCAGAUGCCUGGGCGUGGAAGUUUGCCCUCGUGGACGUGCCGGCAGAGCCCACCCCUUCCAACGUGAUGAGCUUCUUGAGCACCACCAAGACUGCUGACGGCAGCGGCGGCUUUGUGUUGGCGACUUCCGAGUUCCAGGGCCAUCAAUUGGUCCCAGGCCAACGGUACAUGUACGCCGUGGUGAAGGCUGACACGGAGACCGACAUGCUCUCCUUGCAGCAAAUCCCAGGCAACAAUCUGGAGAAGAUUGUGUCAAUGGGCGGGCAUGUGGUGAUGUCUGUGCCGUUCGUUGCGGAUGGCCCACCCUCUGGUGGACUUGUGCAAAGCAACCCGCAGUCGGGCUAUGCAGUAACGACAGCCUUCUCGGGGAUAACAUCCGGCUGGUAUGACGAAGAGGUUGACAGCCUGACGUUUGCAUACUACCUCCUCCCCAAAGUCCAAGCGGACCUUACGCUGACGGCCGACGGCAGUGGAGGACUUGUUGUCACUGGCACGUUCCAGCCUCCGAGCGUUGACUGGCGAAAUACCGGCAGCACGAACUACUGGUCUAAGCUGGGCGGGAUGUUCUUGGCAAACAUCUCGGACCCAUCUGCUGCAAUAUGGGAGGUGCAGGUGGCGGCUGGUGAGUACAUCAUGGCCGUUGUCGCCCGUGACAAACUGGGAGCCAUAUCCGCUGCGUUCGCACCGGGGCCGUUGGUGCAGGCGCCUCCAGGAGGAAUCAGCCCCGACCUGGCCCUAGCCUCGCUGGAUAACGCGCUGUCCAGCAACAACGACGCGGUGUUGUUGGGCGCGCUGAACUCUUUGUCAUCAGUGGCUCUUGCUGACGCCGACCCCGCGAAGUUGAAAGAAGCCACGGACAAGAAAAUGGAGGCACUGGGCUCCGCUGCGGGCGUGGUCUCAACCUCUUCGGAGAGUCUCGCCAAGUUUGGCGACGUCGCCGCAAAUGUCCUGCAGAGUGAAUCCACGGGCGGCGUUGCCAGCGUCGAGGUUGCAGAGUUGGCCUCUCAGGCACUGGACACGGCAAUGGAGGCAGCCCUGUCGUCGUCAGGCGUAGACGAGUCCGCGGGCACCUCGCUGCUGCGGGCCGCCACCUCGGUGAGCAGCUCCUUCGCGGCGGGCGGGGGCAGCAGCACGCAGCAGGGGGCCACGGCGGCCAAGUCGCGGGCACUGUUCUCAAAGCUGGGAAAUGCCCUGCUGCAGCAGUUGCCGGUUGGCACGUCUACAGCGAUCUCUUCGGUCCAGGACGGCAAGGGGACAGCGAUUGCCGUCAAAUCGGAGAGUGCCGCUGAUGCAAGUCAGAAUGGCCUGUCAGGCGCUGGUGCGCAGGUCCCGGGCUCGGCGCUGGGUGGCCGACGACUAGCGGAAUGCGGCACGCUAGCGCUGCAAGAGACCAACUAUAUCGGCAGCAACCCGUUCGUCUACCUCAACAGUAGUCAAGGGAUCAACAAGUACGUACUCAGCAAUGCAACGGUCAGCACCAUUGAGAUUAAGCGGUGCGACACCUUGGUCAGCCAGACCGGGCUUGAUCCCCCUGUCGCGCUGAACUUGACACUGAACCCUAUGCCUGCCAAUGCGGACAAGGGCUAUGGCUAUGAGCCGGUUUGUGUGAGAUUGCUGGAUGACCAGGUGUGGACGACAGAAGGUAUGACGCGGAUUCUUCCAUCAGUCUAUGACUCACCCACCAUUGACUGCUUAGCGGAGACCGCCGGUGGAUCCUAUUCUGCGAUCUAUGUGCCAAUCCAGCUGCCAACAACAACGGCUACUGCAACAUACACAUCAACGAGGGUGGAAAGGAGCACAGUGGCGCCGGUCGUGGAGGACGCUCCGCCGGACACCGGCAUCGUGGUUGGGAUGUCGAUGGCUGGCGUUGCUCUCUUCGUCGUUUGCGGUCUGAUCGCCUGGCAGUGUUGGCAGGGCAACGUGGAGCCGAUCAAGGUGGAGAUGCCCAGUAUGUCGUGUCAGAAGUUGCAGGAGGCCCUCACCUGGAAGUCCAAGCGAGUGGACAUUGAGCCCUCCGGGCCCACAGGCCCGGGCACAGAGCCAACGCGCGCUUGGGACGAAAAGCCCGGCCAGCCUUCUGCCACGGAAGAUCGGCACACCCAGCAAGACGCCGAAGACCACUUCUGGGACUGGGCCACCGACCUGGCCAAGAAGGAACAGGAGGGGCAGCAAACUGCAGUGGUGCGCAGCUCUUCCCUUGGGGGACGGCCAGGCCCUGGGACUCCACCCAACAUUCCCCCAAGGUUUUCUUUGCCAAAGCCUGUUGCGGAGAAGGAGGAGUACUUCCAGAACUUUGCGCAGGAACUUCGAGACAUUGUAGGGACAGGCGUGCCCGGCAUUGCUGACUCACCGGAAUCCCGCCCGAGCAGCCCUCCACCUCCCCCACCCAAGCGACCGCCAGUCAGCACGGUCCUUAUGCCGCCUCCAAAGCCCCCGCCACGUUCUCGCGAGUCCAGCGUCCGCCCAGCAGCUUUGGCGGCGCUGCCGCCGGCUUUGACCAAUGCGGAGCGAAUUGACGUGCGCGUGGACCAGGCAUUCUCUGACUGGGCCAAUGACUUUGCAACGGCCAGUGCCGUCAACGCCGUUUCAACAGUUCCUUCUACGCCCAAGGACGCGCCACCGCCUCCUCCGCCGAGGAGGGUGCAAAAUCAGCUGCCCCUGCCGCCUCCGCGGCCACCGAUCGAUAGGCGUGGCAGCAACUCCAGCAAGGCCACGCCGCCUACGCCGCCAGUGCCACCCAGCAGGGGGUCCUCAAACCCCCAUGACCUCUAUGACUUGCAACCUCCCUUGAGGAGAUCCGCGAAUUCCGACGGCACCCAGCCGCCUCCACCACCGGAGAUGACGGCAGAGCGAAACUCCGCGCUGACACCCCCCUCGCUGGGGUCGGGGUCACAGCUAUCCAUGUCCGUGCCGAAGCAGGUGCCCCUGCAGCCGCCUGCUAUUCCCAAAGGCGGAACAUCGUCAAGUAUGCCAGUUGAGCUGCCAGGCGCUCUGGCCAGUGAUCAACAGACGCCACGUGAGAGUUCGUGAGCGCUGCCCAAUUUCCGAGUCUGAUAGACGCCGAAAUGCGAGCGGGAAGCUCGCCUGCCUGGAUGUUGGCAGGACACACCUCCUGUGGAAUUCCCGAAGAUUCCAUGAAUGGAUGAUCAGGCAUGACUUUGACAGACCCCUGUACUGUAGCUAGUUUGCUUUGCUGGUCUGCUGUGUAACAAUCCUUUCCGAUGCCGGAAAAUUGCUGAACCGGCGCGCCAACAGGCUGACUUCAGAAGGUUAAUUGCGCCA